AUGCAAAUCCACGCAAAGACUCUUACAGAGAAAACCAUAACCCUUGACGUCAAAAGUUCCGACACCAUCAAUAAUGUCAAGGCACAGAUUCAGGACAGAGAAGGGAUUCCCCUAGACCAGCAAAGACUUAUUUUUUCCGGUAAACUGCUAGACGAUGGCCUUACUUUGGCUGAUUACAAUAUCCAGAAAGAGUCUAUUCUCCACUUGGCUCUUAGGUUGAGAGGAGGUAUGCAAAUCUUUGUUAAGACUCUUACUGAGAAAACCAUAACCCUUGACGUCAAAAGUUCCGACACCAUCAAUAAUGUCAAGGCACAGAUUCAGGACAGAGAAGGGAUUCCCCUAGACCAGCAAAGACUUAUUUUUUCCGGUAAACUGCUAGACGAUGGCCUUACUUUGGCUGAUUACAAUAUCCAGAAAGAGUCUAUUCUCCACUUGGCUCUUAGGUUGAGAGGAGGUAUGCAAAUCUUUGUUAAGACUCUUACUGGUAAGACCAUAACCCUUGAGGUUGAAAGCUCCGACACCAUCGAUAACGUCAAGGCCAAAAUCCAGGACAAGGAAGGUAUCCCUCCAGACCAGCAGAGACUUAUCUUCGCUGGCAAGCAACUUGAGGAUGGUCGUACGCUUGCGGACUACAAUAUCCAGAAGGAGUCAACACUCCACUUGGUUCUUAGGUUGAGAGGUGGUAUGCAGAUCUUUGUAAAGACUCUUACUGGCAAGACCAUAACCCUUGAGGUUGAAAGCUCCGACACGAUCGACAAUGUCAAGGCCAAGAUCCAAGAUAAGGAAGGCAUCCCUCCGGACCAGCAGAGACUUAUCUUUGCCGGUAAACAGCUUGAGGAUGGUCGUACGCUUGCUGAUUACAAUAUCCAAAAGGAGUCAACACUCCACUUGGUUCUUAGGUUGAGAGGUGGCAUGCAAAUAUUUGUGAAAACCCUCACCGGAAAAACCAUUACUCUAGAAGUUGAAAGCUCUGACACCAUUGACAAUGUCAAGGCGAAGAUUCAAGACAAGGAAGGGAUACCUCCUGACCAACAGAGACUUAUCUUCGCUGGCAAGCAACUUGAGGAUGGUCGAACCUUAGCAGAUUAUAACAUCCAGAAAGAGUCAACUCUGCAUUUGGUUCUUCGUCUGAGAGGUGGCAUGCAGAUAUUUGUCAAGACCCUUACCGGAAAAACCAUAACAUUGGAGGUUGAAAGCUCAGACACCAUUGACAAUGUCAAGGCCAAGAUCCAAGACAAGGAAGGGAUCCCUCCGGACCAGCAGAGACUUAUCUUUGCGGGCAAGCAACUUGAGGAUGGUCGGACCCUUGCGGAUUACAACAUCCAGAAGGAGUCUACACUUCACCUUGUGCUGCGUCUCCGUGGUGGGAUGCAGAUUUUUGUCAAGACUUUGACGGGCAAGACCAUCACUCUAGAGGUCGAGAGCUCUGAUACGAUUGACAAUGUGAAGGCCAAGAUUCAAGACAAAGAAGGGAUCCCACCGGACCAGCAGAGACUAAUCUUUGCCGGAAAACAACUCGAAGAUGGUCGCACUUUAGCGGAUUACAAUAUUCAGAAAGAGUCAACUCUUCACCUUGUUCUCCGUCUCCGUGGUGGAAGCUUCUGA